AUGACUACCGGCGUGGCUAUCAUCGGCAGUGGUCUCUUUGCGAAAGAGGAACACCUACCCGCCGUCCAAGCUGCUUCAAACUUCCAACUCAAGGCUAUCUAUUCCCGGUCCUUGAAGUCAGCCCAAGACCUCGCCAGCGGCACCUCUGAAGUCGAUCUCUACUCUGAAGACUCUGGCUCUGGCAAGUCCUAUGACGAUCUACUGGCUCGUUCAGAUAUCGGCGCUGUGAUUAUUGCCCUUCCCAUUCUCGUUCAGCCCGAGUUCAUCAAGAAAGCACUACUUGCUGGCAAGCAUGUCUUGUCUGAGAAGCCCAUUGCUAAGGAUAUCGCCACUGCCCAGGAACUUUUGAAAUGGUACAAGAGUAAUAUCGAUACCAGCAAAAUCUUCUGGGCCGUCGCCGAGAACUUCCGUUAUAUGACAAAGUUCCUCUUCGCUGCAGAGCAAGUCCAAAAGCUGGGCAAGGUCAAGAAUUUCCGAGUGAAAGUUCACAGCUUGAUGGAUGAAGGAAACAAGUACUUCCACACGGCCUGGCGCAAGACUCCUGAGUACCAGGGCGGAUUUCUUUUGGACGGUGGUGUUCACAUGACUGCUGCGCUGCGCCUGAUUCUAGGCCCCGCGGAGCGUCUUAACAUUCUGUCAGCGCAGUCGCAGCUGCAGCAACCAUUCCUGCCACCGGUUGAUACAGUGGAUGCUGUCGCGAAGACUGAAUCUGGUGCUACGGGUGUUAUCUCUUUGUCAUGGGGAUCGUCGUUUGACGAUCAGACUUUCGAGUUUGCUUGCGAGAACGGUGUUGUUGCCUUGAACUUUGAUGAUGUGACAGUAAAUGGCGAGAAGCACCAUGUUAAGUUCGAUGGCAGGGGUGUUGUGCCAGAAGUGGCAGAGUUUGCAAACUCAAUUUUGAGCGGAGAGCCUGACAGUAGACAGUCUCCCGAGCAAGCAUUGGCGGAUCUUGAGAUCUUGGAACAGAUGUUGCGGAGUGGUGAGAAAGACGGUGAGAAGGUUCAGUUGCAUCUGCAGUGA